AGUAUUUAAUUGAGUGCAGAUUUUUUUUAAAACCUUUCCUCCGGAAAAACUAAAAAGCCCUAAUUAAAACUCACGAUCACACACAAUUCCGCACAUACACACAACUACACAAGUCACAACUAUACAUCCAUUUCCGGCCAUGGAUGACGGCGAAGGUGGCCUGAGCUUCGAUUUCGAAGGCGGCCUCGACUCCGGGCCCACACAACCCACCGCCUCCGUUCCAAUCAUCCACCAACCUCCCUCUCUCCCGGCCGCCUCCGCGGCGAACACACCCUAUUCUGCUCCGCCGGCGGAUGUUUCCGAUCAGUCCGCACCGUCGAACUUCUCCGGACGGCGGAGCUACCGGCAGACAGUGUGUCGGCACUGGCUUCGCAGUUUGUGUAUGAAAGGGGAAGCCUGUGGGUUUUUGCACCAGUAUGAUAAGGCUCGGAUGCCGAUUUGUCGGUUUUUUCGACUUUAUGGAGAGUGUCGAGAGCAGGAUUGUGUUUAUAAGCAUACCAAUGAGGAUAUCAAGGAGUGUAAUAUGUAUAAGUUGGGAUUCUGUCCAAAUGGUCCUGAUUGUCGGUAUAGGCAUGCAAAGCUGCCAGGACCUCCACCUCCAAUGGAAGAAGUACUUCAAAAAAUUCAGCAACUGACAUCACACAAUUACAGUAACUCGAACAGAUUUUAUCAAAAUCGUAACCCCAAUUAUACUCAAAAUGCAGAAAGACCUCAGGUUCCAGCAAGUGCUAAUGGUGUCAAUCAAGUAAUGAAACCCACACCAACAGAGUCACCCAAUGUGCAGCAGCAGCAACAGGCCCAGCAACCAGUUAUCCAGGCCCAAGUUCAGAAUCUUUCUAAUGGCCAGCAAAAUCAAGCUAAUGGAUCUGCUAUUCCUCUGCCUCAAGGAAUAUCUAGGUAUUUUGUUGUCAAAAGUUGCAAUAGAGAGAAUUUUGAGUUGUCUGUGCAACAAGGAGUUUGGGCAACACAAAGGAGCAAUGAAGCUAAACUUAAUGAAGCUUUUGAUUCAGUGGAAAAUGUUAUUUUAAUAUUUUCAGUAAACAGGACUCGGCAUUUUCAGGGCUGUGCAAAGAUGACAUCUAAAAUUGGUGGGUCUGUUGUCGGCGGAAAUUGGAAGUAUGCUCAUGGAACGGCCCAUUAUGGAAGGAAUUUUUCAGUCAAAUGGUUGAAGCUUUGCGAACUAUCCUUCCACAAAACACGCCAUUUGAGGAAUCCUUACAAUGAGAACUUGCCAGUCAAGAUCAGCAGAGACUGCCAAGAGCUGGAGCCCUCGAUUGGCGAGCAGUUGGCUUCCCUGCUUUAUCUUGAGCCAGACAGUGAGCUGAUGGAAAUUUCACUAGCAGCAGAAUCAAAAAGGGAGGAGGAGAAGGCCAAGGGAGUUAAUCCCGAGGACGGGACUGAAAAUCAAGAUAUUGUUCCAUUUGAGGACAAUGAAGAGGAGGAAGAAGAAGAAAGCGAUGAAGAGGAUCAGAGCUUUAGCCAGGGAUUUCCAAUGAUGGGUCAAGGCAGAGGUAGGGGAAGGGGCAUGAUGUGGGCUCCUAACAUGCCUCUAGCACGAGGUGGCAGACCAAUGCCUGGAAUGCGUGGUUUUCCGCCCAUCAUGACGGGGCCUGAUGGAUUUCCUUAUGGACCUGAUGGUUUUCCUGUGCCAGAUAUGUUUAAUAUGGGACCCCGUGGUUUUGGUCCAUUUGGCCCUAGAUUCCCUGGUGAUUUUGCUGGCCCUGGGGGCAUGAUGUUCCAAGGCCGUCCUUCCCAUCCCGGAAACUUUCUGAACGGUGGAUUUGGAAUGAUGAUGGGUCCGGGAAGGGCUCCUUUCAUGGGAGGUGGACCUGGAGGAAGAGCUCUUCGUCCUGGACUUGGAGACCUGCAUCCCAUGUAUCCUCAGUCUCAACCGCAAUCCUCUCAGGCCUCAAACAGGGGUAAGAGGGAUCAAAAGGCCACAUCAAAUUAUAGGAGCGAUAGAUAUAGUGCAGGCUCAGAUCAAGGCAAGGGUGUGGAUGUAGCAGGCUUGGGUGGGCAGGAUAUUUCAAAGCAUCAGCGAAGAAUGAAUCCUGAACAAGAAGAUCAAAUAGGUGACGGGAAUAGCUUCAAGAAUAAUGAAAGUGAUAGUGAGGAUGAGGCACCAAGGAGGUCAAGACAUGGGGAAGGAAGAAAGAAGAGGCGAAGCUCUGAGCGAGACGCUACCGCAGGUUCUGAGGACCAGGAAUAGACAGUGACAUUAACAUGUGAUUGAUAUAUCGGUGAUUUGUAAGAACUGCAACUGUAUGAUAUUGAGAAAAUUAUUGACUUGUGUGAGAAUUAAAAUGCAAAGUUACUGGAUUUUGUUUCCCAACUAGCGGGAACUAUAUCUCACCCACUGUAUAAUAUGCGAUAUAAAAAUAUAGGUGAAACUGAGGUUAGGAUUAGUUAGAUGCUUGUAUUCUUAUACUUAACUAUUCAUUUCUGGGUUGGUGUCCCUAUAUGUGAAGGUUUGAAAACUUGCACUAUUUGAUUAUCAGAUUUUACU